UCCUCCGAUCGACCACCUACGCCGCCGCCGCCGCAUCAUAGUAUAUUUGAGUAGUUUUGUGUAUACUAUAUAUAUAUAUAUAUAUUCCAAGAAAUAUAAUGGAUGGGAAGAAGGACAUGGAAAUACUGGAUGCAACCGAUGAUGCAUACGGAGGAGUUAUUGUCGACGUGAGGAAGAACAUGGAUCCUGCCACCUUUCUUGCCUUGCUCAGAGCUUCAAUAUCGCGAUGGAGACAACAAGGGAAAAGGGGAGUUUGGCUGAAGCUUCCAAUAGAACUUUCAAGCGUUGUGGAUGGUGCAGUGAAGGAAGGAUUUUGGUAUCACCAUGCAGAGGCAACGCACUUGAUGAUGGUGUAUUGGAUUCCAGAAACCACUCCCCACACCUUCCCUCCAAACGCUUCCCAUCGAGUUGGCGUUGGCGCUUUUGCCAUCAACCAAAAAGGACAGAUUCUGGUGGUGCAAGAAAAUGGGGGCAAGUUUGCUGGCACUGGAAUCUGGAAGAUGCCCACCGGGGUUGUCGAGCAGGGAGAAGAUAUAUGUGCGGCCGCUGUUAGAGAAGUACAAGAAGAGACCGGAAUUGACACAGAAUUCAUAGAGCUCCUUACUUUCAGGCAGAGCCACAACUCGUUCUUUGGCAAAUCAGAUUUGUUCUUUGUUUGCAUGCUAAGGCCACUGUCCUUCACCAUUAAGAAGCAAGAUUGUGAGAUCAAGGAAGCAAAGUGGAUGGCUAUGGAGGAAUAUGCAUCGCAGCCAUUUGUGCAGGAGCGUGAGAUCUUCAACAGUGUUGCCAAGAUUUGCUUGGCUAGGAAGGAGAAUGCAUAUUCUGGUUUCUCUGCACUUCUCAACACCUCAGGCUUUUCCAAUAAGAAAUGUUAUCUAUACUGCAACUCUACCUAUACCCCAUCAUACUCAAAUUAAACUCAACCCUUAAUCUAUAUUGUUUUCAUAUCAUAUGCAAGUAAAGUCAAAUGUGAUUUUAUCACCUUAAUUACCUCA